UCUUCUGGUGCAUAAACUGUGGUCUCUCUUUCCUAAAAGGCCAGGUGAGGGGAGGAGAGAGAGAGGAGCCUUGGGAUUUGCAUGGCUGGUUUCCAGUUCUCUAGCUCUCAACCAGGUAGUGGAAGCCCGAGAAGGAGUGGCGGGGAGAGAAGUGAAGGGAGAUAGUGAGAUGUAUCAAGGUCCUAAGGCCCCGGGUUUCUGGCCCACAGAGGCCCUGGGGCCCAGGCCUAACAUCCGUGGGAGGAUGAAAGCAGUUAGCUGACAGGAAUUAGAGAGGACAGGUGAGUAGGAACGUGAAUUCAAAAACUAAUCAAGAUACGGGGGAACCAAACUCCUUUCUGCUCUGGGUGACUCUGUGUCACCUGCUAAAACGGGGUCAGCAGAAAGCGAGGCAGUGAAGAGGUGGCCAACAGGCCUGGAAACACCAGCCAGAAGAGGGAACACCAUGGUCCUCAACCUUCCUCCCCGCAGGGUCCAGUGUCAGCCCAGAGAUCGUAUCUGGCAGAGCACAAAGCCUAGGUCUUGGGACAGGACCAUGGGGCUGGAGACGCGGAGGGGUGCAUCGGAGUCCUGGAAAGUGGAGUGGCAGGGUGUAACAGGUCGCUAGUGUUAACGGCCUUGCAGGGGGCCGGGGGUCUCUAGUCAGGAACUGUUCAGGAUGCUCUGGGGUAGGAUCAAUGGGAGGGGCACCAGCGUGUUUGUCCCUAGGUCGAGCGUGUGCCCCAGGCUAAUGGUCUGGACGACACAGGCCGGGAGGGGCGGGGCUUAUCGGCCCCAGCCCAGCCUUUGGGCGGGUGACCUUGGCUUCUGUCCGCGGAACUGUUGUCCUUAGGAAGUUCGGGAAGUAGGAGGGUCUGUGUUCCCGGACGUGUUCCUCCCUGCCAGCAUCCUUGGGCGGGCGUUGAUCGCUGAUGCUGCGGUAGUGGGCGGCGAGAGCCGGAGCGGGAGCAGGUGCGGCGGAUCGAUGGCCAAGCUGCGGUUGGGAAGACCAAAAUGCUACUCACUUCACUUUGGAAUCCUUCCCCUCAUAGUGGUUGCCUUGGUCUUCUUUGGCUAUGGGUUCCCGAGCCACAGAAGCCAGGAACUGGGAGACUCAGAAUCUGUGACUAGGAUGGCCUAUGCCCAGCCACAGGUGCUAACACCCAGUCGGAAAGAUGUUCUUGUCCUGACCCCUUGGCUGGCUCCCAUCAUCUGGGAGGGGACCUUCAACAUCGACAUACUGAAUGAGCAGUUCAGGCUUCGCAACACCACAGUUGGACUGACGGUGUUUGCCAUCAAAAAGUAAGCAGUGGGUGCUGGAGAGACGGCUAGUGGGUAAAGCACUUGCUUCAGAGGACCUGAGUUUGAUCCCUAACACCCAUGUAAAGGCUGUGCAUGGGGGCAUGCCCUGUCAUCCCAGCACUGUGGGUGGAGGGGAGACACAAGUGGAUCAGGCAGCUUUCUGGGCAGCAUAGCCAAACAGUGAGCUUCAGAGUCAGAGAAGCGAUCCAGUUCAAAGAACAACACAGAUGAAUGACAGAAGAAGACACCCAAAAUCAACUUCUGGCCUCCACACAGGCAUACAGGCAGGUAAACAUGGCUACAUGCAAUGGGCAUGCACAUACAUGCACAUAUGUGCGUACACACAGUUGUCAAGCUGGAUGCAGUAGGGGUGGGGUUGGUUCACUCUGCCACCAUCUCUAUCUCUGGUGGGCUCACAGGUGAGUGAACCCAGCUCUGCCUCCUUCCACAGCCCCAGACCUGCUGCCUCUUCCUCUGUGCUCUCAGCCAGGUGACACUUGCAUCCCUCAGCACACACUUUAGGUGGGUGUCCUCAUCCCCAGGGCUGGCAGCAAGUAACAGGAUGUCAGCAGAGCUGCGACCACCCAUGUGUCCUCAGAUGCAGGGCAAGGUGGACAGCAAGGGUUGGGUGAAACCUUUAACCUCAGCCCUGGGGGUGGUGACCUGUGAAGCCCUGAGACUCUGGGUCAGGCUGACUUUGGGCCACAGACCAGAAACUUGCCCUGUGGAAGCCUGUGGGGAGCAGGACAGGGUGGUACUACAGUGUGGAAGCCUGUGGAGGGCUGAGAGAUUUGUGCUGCCUGCAUAUGAGAAGUGGGGGGGGGGGGGGCUUUGUCCUUCCCUGCAGUGCUGCGUGAAAUCCAAGGAUAGCUCUGAGUCCUUUGUACCAAUCAGACUUGAGAGAGGUUUGGGGCUCAGCUGGAGGGAUCUCAGGCACCUUGAGAAUGCCUGCAGCUCCUGUGGACAAAGGACUUCACAGUAACAGGACACAAAAACUACCUUGUCUGGGUGCUGCUGGGUACAUGAGCAAGAGCCCUGCCAGGUGUGGGUAGGUGCUCUGUCUGUGGGAAGAAGGCCUCUGAGGGAAUUAGGUGAGAUACCCAUGGGAAAGCAGCCUGUUUCUGACACUGAGGUGGAGAGGGCUUGGCACACUUGCCAGGUGAUGGGCAUCCCUGUUCCCACGGUGGGGACACAUGGCCCUGGGGGUCAUCAAGGGAGAAGCAGCAGCCAUCUGAAGCAGGUAAAAACUUCUUGGACUGGGAGAUGACAUAGAACCUGGGGUAGAAGCCUUUUGCCCUGGGACCUGAGGAUUUGGCUUAGGUUUGCCCUUCUUUCUAGGGUACCUGUCUCCCUUUCCCUGCCUGCUCUGUGAGACUGAUUCUUGCUCUAGUGGAGUGAAUGUGGGAUGACACUUAGGGACAUAAAUGAGUUACUGAGUGCCUUGUCUACAGGCACCUUCCAGCCUCUGAUGAGGAAGGUCUGGGAUUUGGAGACCCCUACCUUUCCUGAGACAGGGCCCUGGAGAAUGCCACAAAGGAGGGGUGCAGGUCCCAGAUCUGCCCUUACAGAUCCAUCCAGUUCCACCAGGGUUUAGCAAGUGGGGCCCUGUGAGCACAGGCUCUGCCCAGGACAAUUCAAGGGUGUGAGGUGUGGAAUGUCUUGGGAUGGAGCUGUCAUUAUU